CAUCCAAGAUGGCGGCGUCCUUCCUUAGUCGUGUUUGUAGUUCAGCAAGGCUUGUUGGUCCCUCAUCUACGAGAUAUUUUACAAAGAGUCUACAGAGACCAAGUCUCCUGGGUACAUCAUGUGUUACUAAAAGACUUUUAACUUCAGAAGUAACAGUGAAAGAAGAUGCAAAGUUGGUUCAACUGUCAGAAUUUGGUGAAUAUGUGUCCACCAUGUUACCUAAAUACAUCCAGUCUGCUCAAGUGAAUUACACAAAGGAACUAGAGUUUCUGAUCUCACCAGAGGGUAUAAUUCCAGUACUCACUUUCCUAAAAGACCAUACAAAUGCUCAGUUCAAAUCCUUAGCAGAUCUGACAGCUGUGGAUGUGCCAACAAGACCCUAUAGAUUUGAGAUUAUUUACAACUUGCUGUCCCUGCACUAUAACUCAAGAGUUCGAGUCAAGACAUACACAGAUGAACUGACAGCUAUUGAUUCAAUAUCGAGCAUUUAUCCAGUAGCUAACUGGUAUGAAAGAGAGAUAUGGGAUAUGUAUGGAGUAUUCUUCUCUAACCAUCCUGAUUUACGUCGAAUCUUGACUGAUUAUGGAUUUGAAGGUCAUCCAUUCAGAAAAGACUUCCCAAUUAGUGGCUAUGUAGAGAUUCGCUAUGAUGAUGAGCUCAAGCGACUGGUUUGCGAACCAAUAGAAAUGGCUCAGGAGUUCAGGAAGUUUGACAUCUCUCCCACAUGGGAGCAGUUCCCUACUUACAGAACACAAGAGUCCCAACCAGAGAUAACAGCUGGUGAAACAACAGAAAAGAAAUGACAAAUCAAUAUUAAUAUACCUUUUCAGACUUCACUUUAGCGACCACAAAACAAUGUGUCCAAGCCGACAGGUUUAUACAUUUACUGUAUCAUAUCAACUCCAACUUCAACUUGGAGACAUUUUCUAAAUGGUUACUCCAGGGAAUUUGAAUAAGGUCUAUUAAUUUCUUUGAUGUUACCGAUAAUUUGGCAAGCUUUUAUGUACAAAGUUAACUUGUAAUCUAGGAGUGACUAGAGUUAAACAAGUAAUUAUAUCUCAUCUUAAAUGUG